AUGCCCACCAAAACUCCCACCCCAAGCGACUUCCCGUCCCAACUUACCGUGACCGUCUCGCCCGCAGCCUCAGCCUCGCCAGCCCCAAAUAUUCUUCUCCUCCUACAUGGACUCGGUGAUUCAGCUGCGGCCUUCACAAAGUUUGGCCAAGCCAUCAAUCUACCAGAGACGACGGUGGUCACAGUACAAGGCACAGCCCCGCUCCCCUUUGACCUGGGCGGCUUCCACUGGGGCGACGAUAUCUCUUUUGAUUCCGCGACCGGCGCAAUAGACAUGGACGCCGGUCUCACUCGCGCCACCAAGACAUUGGUAACAGAUGUCGUACGGGAUACCCUGGUCCGCAAGUGCGGCUACGCGCUACGCGAGAUCAUGAUCCUAGGCUUCGGACAAGGAGGUAUGGCCGGGCUAGCGGUGGCACGAGAGCUGGCGCAGAAAUCCAAGGAAGGUCGUGAGACCGGUCCUCUCUCCGGGGUUAUCUCGAUCGGGGCACCAUAUUCCCUGUCAGGGUCACGGGUUGGGGACAAGAACCGAUCGCCUGUGCUGCUGGUUGCCGGGCGAGACUCAGUGGCAGUCUCUGACGAGGCCGUCCGGCGGACAAAACAGGUCUUUGAAUUUGUGGAGGUCAGCCGGUAUGCGAGGAAAGGCGACGGGAUGCCCUCGAGCCGGGAGGAGAUGCUGCCUGUCAUGCAGUUCUUCGCACGUAGAUUGCGGAGUAGACAGGGUGUUCCUGAGGGGAGUGUUGAGAUCGGCUGA